ACCCUUUUCCAUUGCAGAGUGUUCCUAAAACCCUAACGCUCACUGCUCAGCUCUCCCCAUCUGGGCUGCCUCAACUCCAUUGCCAACCACUCCUGAGUCCUGUCUCAGUGCUGUAUCUGUCUUCUUCAUCUAUCACGAGUACAUUUCUAGUCUCAGACCUCUGAUCUCGAAGCUGCAGGCCAUGGGUUCGAGGAAGGCUCCCAAAACUCACUCAGACGACGGAGCCAGUCCAGGAAAGAUCUUCGUGGGAGGGCUAGCCAAGGAGACCAACUUGGAUACUUUCACAAAGUAUUUCGAGAAAUAUGGGGAGAUAACCGAUUCAGUGGUGAUGAAGGAUCGGCAAACGGGUCGGCCUAGGGGUUUUGGGUUUAUCACAUAUGCUGAUCCUUCUGUUGUUGACGAGGUCAUUCAAGAGACCCAUAUCAUCAACGGCAAACAAGUUGAGAUCAAAAGAACCAUUCCAAGAGGUUCCUCACAAUCUAAUGAUUUCAAAACAAGGAAGAUUUUUGUUGGUGGAAUUCUAACAAGUGUCUCUGAAGACGAGUUCAAGAAUUUCUUCUCAAAGUAUGGGAAGGUGGUGGAACACGAGAUUAUACAUGACCAUGUGACCAAACGCUCCCGGGGAUUUGGGUUCAUUGUAUUUGACAACGAACAGGUUGUUGAUGAUCUGCUGACAAAUGGAAAUAUGAUUGAUAUGGAGGGUACUCAGGUUGAGAUCAAGAAGGCGGAACCAAAGAAAUCCUCCUCAAACCCAGGUCGUGCUCCUUCAUUUGGUGGUGAUUCUAGGAUGCAAAUGUACAAUGAUGGUUUUAGUGGAUACGGCAGCGAUCCUUAUAGUGGUCUGGGCAGUGGUGGCUAUGGGCCUGCUUCCUACCGGGCACUAGGAGGUAUUGACAGUAGGCUUGGUGAUUAUGGUGGGUAUGGUGGUGGUGGCAGUGGCAGUGAAUUUGGGGCCAGUUAUGGGGGUUAUGGUGGUGGUUAUCGGGGAGAGUCCUCAUUUGGCCCUUCCAGUCGCUAUGGUUCCUAUGAUAUAGGGUUUGGAGGGGGUUAUGGCGGAAGUGGAUUUGGCGCAUAUGGCCGUGGAGGUGGAGGCUAUGGGGGUUAUGGCGGUUCAGGCUCGAGUGGUGGUUAUGAUGCAGGUCCUGGUGCUGGCUAUGGAGGAGUAGGAGGAGUAGGAGGAGGAGGGGGAGGAGGAGGAGGAGGACUAUAUGGAGGUAGAACAGGUUACAGUGGCAGCAGCCGAUACCAUCCUUACGGAAGAUAGAUACUUGCCGAAGCAUUCCUGCAGAAGAUGCACACAGGCUUCCUGAUAAGUGAAGCGCAUACUUCAGAGGGCCAUUGUCUUGAAGAUCAUAUAAACCAUUAGCUAACCGUGGCUGUAUUAGCAAGAUGUAGAGCUACUAUGUUUAAUGGUUCCCUGUUUUUUUGUAUCCGAGAUCUCUACUGAAUACUGCCGCUUUAUUAUAUAGUCAGACAGACAUCUUUCUUGUUAUGAAAUAUUAACUAGUUGCAACAA